AUGGGGCAAUCCUCCUCUAUAAGUUCCAACAAUGAAGAAGGCUCUUCCCAUUCAAGAAAAUUCGCAAAUGACAGGGAUGUAUUAACAUAUUUCAAUACUAAAGCACAACGACAGAUCACUGUGCCAGAAUUGGUCAGCCUUAAAGGAAAUUUGCAAAUCGAAAACCUGAAUACUCCAAUAUCUCAUAAACGCUUAUGUAACUUUCUUUAUUUUCCACAAAACCAUACUAUAAUUGUAGGGAUAGUAACUAACAUGCUAAGAGUUUUGAGCAAUUUCCCACUAGUGAACUCAUCUUAUGAACCAAUUACAGGAUAUGGACUAUUAAAAUGUAUUGUAUUGUUGAAUAAAUCAAGAUGUGAGAAAUUCUUAAAAAUCAAAUCAUAUGAUCAAUUAAAACUACUGUUUAUUUCUUUAUCGCUUCAAAAGACUGAUAAAGAAGAAUUGUCCGAAGAUAAUGAAAACAAUGGAGUCAAGGAGAAGAAUAUAAAACAAAUUAUAACCGGGUUUGAUGAUGUCGAUACUGAAGUACUAUAUCUUCCAGCUGAUUUUAUGCUUCAAUUUUUAACAUGGCUUUUGAUACUGAGUGUUGAAUGCCCCACCACCAACUCUACCAUAAAUAAUGAAACAAAUGUUCAGUGGGACAAAUUCAAAAUCCCUGCGAUGAAUCUUCUUAGAACAAUGAACCCAGACGUGGUAAACAAUAUAGAAUCUCAUUUUAUAACAUAUCAACAAUUUUCAACUGCAAUAAGGACUGUAAUGCCCAAUCUUUUAAAGCCACUAGAAAACUUAAUGGAACACUUUCUUUAUUUGCAGCAUGAUUUGGUUGAUUAUGAUACUAAUUUGUCAAGUAUUCAAGACUCCAAAAUAAUGACUCCAGCGUUAUUGGCCCAACUAUCUACGGGACUUCCUAAAGAACUAUUCAUUCAGAAGCUACAAAGUUUAUACAUUGGAAGGAAAAGUGGUUUCUCAAUGAGGUCUUUGCAAGCUAAGGUAUUCAAAUGGAUGGCUCCUUCAAUUUUAGUCGUUAGUGGAGUGAGGAUAACAAAUUCUGAGGAAUACGCAGCUAAUAAAAAUCCAAGGUAUCGCCAUUUUCUUGAAGAAUUUCCAAUAUUAAAAGACUCAGAUCAAAAAAUGGAUGCGUCUCUUAUGAAUAAAAAGAAAACUACUUUUGCUGUAUACAUAGACGAUCCAUGGAAAGUAACAAACAAAGACUAUUUUGGUGAUUUAAAUACGAGAAUAAUACAAAUAUCACCAAGGCAGGAUAUCUAUAAAGUCAACAAAAAAGGUACAGUUUAUUUCAAUACAAUCGGCGGCGGAAUUGGAAUCGGAAAUAAACAGCCACUAAUUAAAUCGGCAUCUAAGAGGUACGUACCAGGAAACGUAUCGUUGACUUUCGACAGCACCCUAGAAUUCGCUGUGUUUAGGAAUACUGGUUAUGGGGGAUCAUUAGACCCUGGACUGUUAUCAAUGGAAAGAAAGGAGGAAAACUCCUCUUUUGAACUGCAUAUUUUGAUUCAAGAUGUAGAGGUAUGGGGUUGUGGUGGUGAGAAGGAAUUAGAAGAGCAGAUCAAACAACUAGCAUGGGAAGAAGCGGAGUCUAAAAGAAGACAACAGAUUAACUUAAGAAGCUUGGGAGAAGACCGUGCCCUACUAGAAAUGGCAGGUUUAGUUGGCCAACAUCAAGGUGGUGGUUCAAUGUGA